AUGAGUAAUCAUAUAGAUGAGUAUCCCAUGAAUGAAGAUAGUUACACGAGAACGAGCGACAAAGCGAAUCUGCAGUUGGAUGGUGAAUUACGACAGAGCGGAGAAGUUACUCGCACAACGACUGAGUAUUCACAGCGAACUAUCCCAGUUGGGAUUUCACCUGCCUAUGUGAAAGGUCGGGACAAUACAGACGUAUUUCGCGAGCUGUAUCAAAAUUGGAAAGAUGCUAUUCUGGAAAGAUUUCAGUCAAAUCGACUGGAUUUCAAGCCAUUCUUUGAAGACAAGAAAGACCAUUUCUCCAUCAUAGUCCCAGCCACCUCGAAUGACAACGGCAAUCGGCGAGCUCUGGGGUUCAUCAAAAAUGAGAAAAAGACCGGCCGAGUCAUCUUGAUCAACUCUUGCAUGCAAUUUUCCUUUGAGUUUCUCGUGAUGGGGCUCAUAUUCAAGGAUAAUGAUGAGCAGCUGUUAGGCUCCCAUGGUGAGGGGCUCAAGCUGGCUGCGUUAAUAAUGAGUCGAUACGGAUACAAAGUGAGCGUGGCUGCAAGCCACUGUAAGUGGAGUUUUGGUCUGCAUGGGAGGUACCAGUCUCUCCGUUGUGUCAUCGUUCCUUCCCGAAAGAUGAGGCCCGCCAUUCAACGAGAGCCAGCUGACGAUACGGCAAAGUUGCGCUUCCAGGAUGAAAGAGACGUCACGGUGGUGAUUGGGGCUGGAUGGGCCAAUCGAAGUCGACCGGUAUCAUCUGAAACGUUCUUCGGGUGGCUGUACGUCACUCUCGAUAUCCGCGGGCUCUCCUAUCCCUCCUCGAUUGUAGAGACACCUCAAGGAGACUUACUUCUGGAUUCGCAAUAUCACGGAAGGCUUUUCCUGCACGGGGUCCUGCUACCAAUUUCUACUUCAGGGAUCAAGCACUUCAAGUUUCGGUACAACUUUACUCUGGGCAAGUUCAGCCGUGAUCGUCAAAAAUUGAUCGCCAGGUGUGAGGUGGCAGACAAGGUGCGGCAAAUAUGGCAGUGUGCCCUACACAUGCACGAGCAAACUCUACUUCCAAUUUAUGUCAAUCUCCUCCAGAACUUUCCCCAGGUGGGCGAUAUGGAACAAGCCAAUAGACUUUUGGAGGCGUCUACCAAGGCCCGUUCACCGAUCCGGACUGUCGGGGAGGAGCAGGCAGAACUUUUCAAGAAUGCUGAGAUCUGUGCAUCGCCCGAGUCUGCCUUUGCAAAAACAACAGACUGGGCUUUGGGAGCUUGUCUGGCACUUUCAAAGGCGACGAGAAAUAUUCAAGUACUCUAUGUCAAAGAACUGACACAGAAGCUUGAUGUGUUAUACGACGCCGGACACGAGGAGCUCUUGUAUCUGUCCAUUUCUUCGAUCUUCAAAGCAUCAUCGACGCUGUGGAUAACUGAGAUGACAUACAUGCGUCAGAUUAGACGUCUGCUUCGACUUCUGCCACAUAGUAUCAGACUCGCAUCCUACUCGGGAGGCCUGAUGGUCACCUGGGAACACAAUGAGGCAGAAUCGUUUCGAAAGCUUGGUGGUGGUGGAACAGAUUACCGAGUCGUUCCCAUGCAGAGGAGUGUUUCAUCACCAGGUCAGAACUUCUCCACUCGGAUGCAGGUAAGCUCUCCAGUCUAUCAUCCCGACCCGUGA